AUGUCUACUCUCCUGGAAAACAUCACUAGCAUGAUCAAAAUAUUCCAUGAAUACUCAAACAAAGAUGAGGAGACCGAGACACUGAGCAAGAACGAGCUGAAGGAGCUCCUGGAAGUGGAGUUUCAGUCAGUCCUGAGGAAUCCUAACGACCCAAACACAGCCGAUAUCUUCAUGGAAAUACUGGAUGUGGACCACAAUGACAAGAUAGACUUCACUGAGUUCUUACUGAUGGUAUUCAAGUUGGCUCAAGCAUAUUAUGAGUCCAGGAGCUUGGGUGGAAAACAAAGAGGAACAAAGCACAGAAGAAGUAGACAUCAGGAACACGAAGAGGGGACAGGAGAAGAGGAGGAAAAGAGAGAACACAGAUCACAUCAUUCAAGAAAUGACAGCACAGAGAAGAGGAAGAG